AAUCUCAUCGUUUGAAAACCCUAAAUUUGUUUGGAAAGAUUAAGCCAUGGGAGGUCACGGUGGUUUGAAUAUUCUUCCACAGAAGCGGUGGAACGUAUACAACUUCGACAAUCGAGAAAAAGUUCGAAAGGACGAAGAAGCUGCCGCCAGAGAAGAGCAGAUCAAACGCGAAGAAGCUAGAAAACGAGAUGCUGAAUCUCGUCUCGAAGUUCUUCGUAACGUCCGUGGCUUAGCGCCUCUCAAACGAGCUUCUCCGGAGGCAGAGAAGGGUAAGGAUGAGGCGGUGGUGGUGGCGGCGGCUGUUGUUAAAUCCACUGAUGUUGUUGUGGAGAGUGGUGAACCGGAGGAGCCGAAGACGGGUCAUAUUAAUCUAUUUGAAGGGAUUAGGAUAUUUGAUCCGAUUGAGAUCCCGAAGAAUGAUAAGCCUGCGGAGGAGGAAGAUCAGAGAAGGAAGAAGAUGAGGAAAGAAGCGGCUGCAACGGCGAGAGCUUCUGCGAAAGAUGCUGCAGCGAGAGCUGGUGAUCCUGAUGAGGAGAAGUAUAGAUUGGGAUAUGGAGUUGCUGGUAAAGGUGUGAAACGUCCUUGGUAUCUUGAGAAACGUAAUGGUGAAGAUGAUUCUGUUCGUGGUGAGGAUGAUGAUGGAUAUAGAGGUGAUGAAGCUAAGAAGAAGAAGAUGAGUGGGAAGAAGAGCUUGAAGGAGUUGAGAGAAGAAAGGUUGAAGAGGGAGAGGAUUGAGAAGGAAAGAGAGAGAGCCCUUUUCAUGAAACAGAGCCAGAGAGACGGUGGUUUUUCACGGCGGCGGUGAUCAAAUCACAAGGAUGACAAAGAAGACGAAAGAAGACUUGAUGCAGAGAUCCAAAGGUUGUUUCACCUUUUAAAAGCCCUUUUAUUGUUUAUGAUAUGUAUAUGCGUAUAAAGAAAAUAUCUUUCG